AUGAGAGAAUUCAAGGGUUUAUGCAGAAACUACUACGUGAACUACCAACCUGUCAACGACUUUGCUCAAGGAGCCCCUGCUCGACGCAUCGUGUCUUAUGGAUCUCGGGAUGCCGAAUAA